GCUGGAAAGAUGGCGGCCGGUUCAGGGGCUGCAAGUGGACAGGGAGCUCGAAGCUCUACCGCUGGUCUGGAAGCGUCGUUGGACCGGCGGCUUCAAGGAGUAUCCAACACUAUGGAGUCAAUACAAGGACUCUCAUCUUGGUGCAUUGAAAACAAGAAACACCACGGCCUUGUCGUUCGCCAUUGGAUGAAGUGGCUCAAGAAAUCUGACAACAACCAUCGCUUGAACCUUUUCUAUCUUGCCAAUGAUGUGAUACAAAACUGCAAAAGAAAGAAUGCCGUUGUGUUUCGUUCAGCCUUCUCGGAGGUCCUUCCUAAUGCUGCUCAGCUCAUCAAGGAUGGGAAAGUUCGAAAGUCUGUGGAAAGGAUCUUUACAAUUUGGGAGGAGAGGAGUAUCUAUCCUGAGGAGGUCAUUGCCCAGUUCAAAGCCAACUUGAACAAAAAGGAAAAGGAGCGGGAGAAACAAAAGGAAAAGGAAAAGGAAAAGGAGAAACUAAAGGAAACUCCCCCUGCAAAUGCCACCACCAGUACCAAAGCUGACCUGAAGUCCAAGAUCGUUGCAGAGUUCACACCCCAGUCCCUCAUUGAACAGUUGUCAAAAUAUAAGCGAGCUGUUGCCGAAGAAGAGUUCAGGGAGAAGCAGCUUGCAGCUCUCAGAGUGGACGUCUGCAGUACUGAGGCCCUCAAAAGACUUAAAGACAAGGCAGGAGGGAACAAGUUUGCCAAGGACUUUGAGGAUGGCAGUCUGAAGUUGCAGGAGUUUGUCAGCUUCCUGGAGAAGGAGUUGAAAACGGGGCCGCCCCUGAUGGACGUUCUGGGAAAUGCAGACAUUUUCUAUGAGACGCAGUACAAAGAGGUCAAGAUCGUGGCUAAUGCGUACAAUGCCUUUGCCAACCGGGUGACCAGUCUUAAAAGAAAACUGGAUUCUCUCAAGUCAACACUACCAGGACCUGAAGACUCUCCUCUCCCUUCUCCAUCUGAAGAUGCCCCCUCCCCCACCGGCUCUGACUCACCCUUUCUGGGAUUAGACGUUGGAAGAGCUCAGGUGGAUCCAGAGCUGGAUGGCAAGGCAAUGGAUGAGGGAGAAACACAAAGUGACAACAGAGACAUGGAGGACAUGGACAUGUCUGAUGAAGAGGCAAACAAUGCUGCAGUAGAAGAUAACAAGAAAGACAAGCCAUCUUCUGCUGUUGCCAAGAUUUCAAAGUCAGAGGCACCAGCAAAGCUUCCAAACACACCUACUUCUAAGACCAGUGCUUCUGCCACAGUUGCCCCAAUGACUCCCACAUCUGCUAAAGCUACAACUGCUCCAACCAACCCUCUGGGAGUCAAUCUGGCCAAGGUGGACCUGGGAAAGAUUAGCUCUAUUCUCAGUUCACUGACAUCUGCCAUGAAGAAUACAGCCAAUCCGUCACCUCGGCCAUCUCCUGGGACACCCACUACGCCCACUGGCCAAUCGGCAGCCUCCAAAGCUACUCCACCAAGCCCUGCAUUGGCCAGCAUCCUGUCACGUGUUGACAUCACCCCUGAGGGGAUCCUCAGUGCGCUGUCUAAAACCAGUACACCAGCUUUUUCUUCUCUCCUACAGAAUGUGACUAACACCUCAUCUGCCCCCUCCACCCGAACCUCUCCAGAAUCAGCAAGUGGCAAAACUCUGGUAUCCCCAACCACCCCAAAAACAAAACCUGCUCUGGGGAACAGCCUCAAACGAGAGACACCUGGAAGAACCAGAGACUGGGAGGAGAUUCGACAAUCUCCUCCUCCACCUCCUCCUCGUCCUGUAGCGCCUUCUGUUUCUCCUCCCAGUUUAGAAUCCAAGAUCAACAGUUUCUUGCAGGGUAAUCCAGGUUUUAGUCUCGCUUUAGGUGAUGUCAGUCCAGAUGGGGUGGAUGGGACCCCGGUGAGAGAUGAGGCAGCUGGCACUCCGACACAGGAUGAGAUCAUGGACACACCUGGAAGCAUGCCAGAAUCUUUAGGCUCAUCUGGAGGGCAUAACCUCUCACCCACAGCCUAUCGCAGUGACCCCUGGGAUGCUGCGAUCACCCCAUCAGGAAGCGACAACGAUGGAAACUUUUUAGGCUCCUCUUCAUCCAGAUAUGGAGCUGGGAAAAAGAGCAGCACAAAGUUAAAGGAUAAUGAAGCCAUGAGGAAGCAGAUCUCCUCUUCUACAGGUAAUGAUAUGAAGGGUAAGAAAGAUGAACGCCACAGCCAGCCAAGGAUUAUGGGAAACAGCAGAGUGAUGGGAGAGAGAAAACUCUCGGCCGGCUCUCGUAAGGCAAGCUCUGGCUCUGAUGAUGGAAAUCUGAGUGGAAAAAAAGUGGACAAGGGAAAAGUGUCGACAGGUGGAGAAGGGGAGGAGGGCCAGUACCAUCGUAUUGAAACACUUGUAUCACCCCACACUGAAGGGGCACCCAUCCAGACUCUUGGGUACUCUAACCGACCACUUGCUGGGGAACGCAUCAAGACAGUAGAAAGCAUCCGUGUGAUUGGUCGAGGCUCUCGACGAGGGGGGGGCGCUGGCAGUCGGCCAGGGGUAUCUGUGUGGUACGAAGAGGAAGAAUACCGGGAAGCUCAGCCUCCCACACCCCAAAUCAUUCCCCCUCCUCUUAACAUUAGCCAGGGAGGUGCUGAGGACAUGAACCCACCCAUGCCACCCCCUCUUCCCCGUCUCCCUCCUCCCCCACAUCUCCUCAUCCCACAUCUUCACCCUCCUCCACCCCUUUCUCUCCCACCUCCUCUUCCUCAGCCUCCGUUCCAAAUGCCGUACCACGCCGAGAACAUCCAGACUCCUCCUCCACUACACCUCCAGCAUCCUCCUACAUCCCCUUUCUUCAGCACUCCUCCACCAAUCCCUCGACCCCCUCCACCUCCUGCACCACAGCGCCUUUCACCUCCACCUACUCACCCUUCUGUGCCCUCUGCAGUCAUGGUGGGGGGAGUGUUGGUCCCUGUCGAUCGUCCCUUAACUCUUCCUCCCCCAAUCAGAGGCGAAGUUGGAGAUCAUUGCGGAAUGGGGCCCAGAGGAAGCAAAGUGACCCCCCCACCACUCAUGUCAUCGCUGCUAGGCGAGCCCCCUAAGCUUCCUCGCCCUGGCACAGUUAAAGAGCCUUUUGUCCCUCGCCAUACACCCCCCCUUCAUCGCCCAGGUACCCCAGGUGUCCCUCCACCUUUACUAGGUAGAGUGAAGGAGCCUCUGAAUCUACCUCUCCCCUCCCCUUCCCCUUCUCCCACAUCAUCCACUCCCUCUCCCUCCACACCCAAUUCCCCUGCAGUCGACUCACAUCUUCCCCAGAAACCCCCUGCUAGUCCUCCAGCUCAGCCCCGCAAUCAGACCUCCAACCCCGUUCCCCUCCUCAACUUGCCCAGUCCUCGACCCCCAAUCCUCUCCACCCCUGUCUCACAGAGACCCCUGCAGCGAGGCCGAACCCCAUCUCAAGAUCUCUCCAGAGUUGGGUUUCGUGGGGGGAAGCGAGCCGGCCCUCCAUUCCCAGGCAGUCCCUUCAAUGCACAGAAGAGGCCUUUCCUACCCCCACGCUACUGAAGUGGUCGUCUAUGGCAAGCUGAAUGAGAAGUGCAAGCCACACAUCUAACAGUGCAGUGUGUGUUAGCCCUGCUGGUAUGAGCUCAGAUAUAUCUUUACUCUGUCAUUUAGCUUGAAUUAAAGAUACCUUAGGCUGUGUGUAAAUAGCUGAUUAAAUCUUCUUGCUUCAGCGUGGUGACCAGUCAUCAUCACAUUGUACUCCAAGGUUAUCACUUACAUAGUUCAGAGUGUUGUGUAACAACCCACUAUCUUCCACUUUUCACUAAUCCAUACACAGUAGAUAAAUGUUUCUUUGCAAGAAAGUCAUGAUCAUUCAAAUAAAACUCCAGUUAACUCAGUUACGAGGUAAAAAUUAUUAUACCUGUGUGAUUCAGGGGUUACUUUACCUCAGGUAACCAGUGAAACAGGUUUGGGUCUCAGAAAAAAACUCAAGGCAGCUGUUUGGCAUUUUGGGAAAUGUUUACCAGCUUUCUGGCUGAGAUUUGAAGUAAAACUGUUGCCACUCAUGUCAGGCUGCUGUUUAUAAAGCUUAAAACCUAGGACAGAAAAAAAAAAACGAUUUUUUUCAGUACAAAAUCUAGUUUUAUAAGAGAUUGUAUGCUAGGCAGUUAUGUGGCCAGGCAGCCUCACUGCUGGUUGAAUAGUGCAAACAGAGUAGACUGUUUAACUUAACCCACAUUUCAAAUCUAUAUGCUCACCUAAGUAAAUGCUGUGCUGUUACUUGCUUCAUAUUAAAGAUGAAUACGUCCUGUAGCUCUCAGCAAAACGUAUCACAUUUCUCAAAAUGUCAAACAAAUUCAAAAAUGUGUGACUGAAGUGAUGACGUUGGUGUAUGAAAGUGUCCUGCGCACCUCAAACUAGUAUUUCUCAUUUUGAAGUGAUAAGAUUUGUUGAUGCAGCUGAAGUUAACACUUGUUCUUAUUUCCAAAAAAUCUAUUUGUAAAUAUUCUCCUCUUGCUCAACCUUCUUCACCCAUCUAUCCCUCCCACUGUACAUUACUAAGCUUGUAAAUAUAAAGAGUGAGUUGAUACGACUUUUUCUUUUUCAAACUUUAUUUCUGUAAAUGAGAACAAUGAUGAUUACUCACCCUGUUUCUUUACUGUGUUUGAGGCCUUGGAAAAGCUUUAACCCUGAAGAAUUUCUCUGCAGUGUCUUGACACACCUUUUUGUCCUUUUGAAACCACAGAAGAGGAGGCUUGAGAUAAUUUGUUUUUUUUUUUGUUUUUUUUUUCGUUUGUUUAUUUUUUCUUUUCUUUUUUUUAUCGCCGACAUAAUUGUCUGGCUGUGCGCGUUUCAGAAUAGAGUAAUGAAGAUAGUAGUGGAGUGAGGUAUUUCCUUUUGAACCACACUUGCUAAGCUUCAACAUGUAUUGCCUUGAAUAAAAUCCAGAGUUUCAAUUGAACUGGGGGAGGGGGUACUUUAUUUGGUUACUAUUUAUCUCUUGAAUUGCGCUGAUAUAAUUUUUUUCCGCUACUUACUUUCAUAUAUUUACACAGCUGCUGCCAAUUUGACAUUACAUCAGCAUUCAGUAGCUUUUAUUUUAUUUUUUAUUUUUUAAUAAGAUUGAAUUGUCAAUUAUCCCCUUGCAGGCAACCACUGACUGAAAAAAUUUGAGCUUGCAGGGACAUUUUUAAAUGAUUUACUGAAACAAUCCAGCUGUUUUUGGGGCUCUUUAUACUUUUUUCUUUGCUAAUUUCAUGCUUCCACCUUCAAGUCCCUGUGCUUAAUUCCAGCAACACUUCUGCUCCUCUCAACCCAAUUUAGGGUAAAAAAAAAAAGAAAAAGGUAGUUUAUCUCCCUUUUUGUGAGUAUUGUUGCUACAAUGCUGCUCUGUUACGCAGUAGUUUACUCAUUCAGUUAGAGGUGCAGACUGUGUUGCAGUCAAUGCUUCAUGUCUCCUGUGUUUGAUCCAGAAGUGUGUUUUCUUCUGUGCUUAUUUAUAAGCCAGCUUAUCAAGACUCUACAGAUUUUUACUCAAAGUUUGUGAAUAGGUACGUUGUAAAAAUGUAAUAAGAUUCGUUACACUGUUUUCACUACUUUGUCUGUUACUAGCCACUGUUAACGCUGCAGUCACACCUCGGAGCAGCUAAUCAUCAGCACUAGUUUGCAGGGAUGACACUGCAUGAAGAGAAAACAAGAAGAGUUGUCAAACAUCGUCAUGCAAACACUACUUUUAACAUUUUAUUUGUCCCUGUAAAUAACCACUCUUUUGACUUCAGAAGAACUUGGUUUGACAAAUUGAGUUUGGAAAUGAUUGAACAUGUGACGAAGCUGAUGGUCUGUGUAUUUGAUUAGUUUCACUGCUGUUCUCAUCAAGGAUGCUACAUCA